CAUCUGUUGAAUCCUGUAUGGAGAUGUCCAUGAAAGCUGCCACAGCGUCACCUACUGCACCAAUGUUGUCUCUAGUGGUUCUCCGUCUGACGAUGAUGUACGUUGUUAUGGCAAACACGAUGGCUGAUUCAAGUGAGUAGCUCUAAAUAUGUCUUUCAAAGUAACUAAUUAAAUGUGCGCCAAAGGGCAAUAUGGCUUGUUCAGAAAGUUAAUCAUCCUGCUAUAUUAAUCAUGCUUUGAGUUUAAGGGCUGUAAAAAAAAUACGACCACCUUGUAACGAUAUAUAACAUUUCCAUUAAUCACCACCGUAAGAUAUAACAUUUCUAGCACCCCCAUCUCCCGAAUAAAACAAAAUAAAGUCCAAAAACAAGCCGGAACAAGCAAACUUCGAACAAUAUCUAUCUAUCUAUCUAUCUAUCUAUCUAUCUAUCUAUCUAUCUAUCUAUCUAUCUAUCUAUCUAUCUAUCUAUCUAUCUAUCUAUCUAUCUAUCUAUCUAUCUAUCUAUCUAUCUAUCUAUCUAUCUAUCUAUCUAUCUAUCUAUCUAUCUAUCUAUCUGUCUAUCUAUCUAUCUGUCUAUCUGUCUAUCUGUCUAUCUGUCUGUCUGUCUGUCUGUCUGUCUGUCUGUCUGUCUGUCUGUCUAUCUGUCUAUAUGUCAAUCUGUCUAUCUGUCUAUCUCUCUAUCUAUCUAUAUAUCUAUCUAUCUAUCUAUCUAUCUAUCUAUCUAUCUAUCGAUUAUCCUUCUGAUUUCUCGAAAGAUUACAGAAUGUAUAAAUUCCGCUUUCACAAAAUAAAGGGAGUUAACUUUCUCCUUAGAAUAGGUCAUAAGUUUUGUCCCUUAACGCGAUGUUGGUACCAUAAGUAACAGAAACGCAAAAGAUAAAUGUCUAGGCAGAGAAGCCUUAGCACCAAGUCCAUGUCACCGCGGAUGGUGGUUAAAUCAAGUCAAAGUUAAGCACGUCGUAUAAACUUAACAAGAAAAUAGUCAUGAAAAGGAAAAUGAUGUCCAACCAGAAGUACAAAACAACGUAUAUUAAUAAUACUCUCAUACUGACCGACGAGAACAUCUUCUGCCAUCCAUCACCGACAGCGCAUUGGAUGAUUUUAGAUUCUCUGACAGGUCGGGUACCCUAAACAUUAUAUGUUUCACUUUACUCUAGGGAGUUGGAAAUCACAAUGUGACUCCGAGACAUCUCAUAUACUUUGCCUCAUUAUAUGAUUGAUAUCUUUAUUAAGAUAUAUUCGUUUUAGAGAUGACAGUUAGACUCGUCCCCAUGUUAUUUUCUCUGGAUCUGCAAUAGUAUACCUGAAAAUCACAGGUGAGGUAUCUUAUUAUCGAUACUGAAGUUUAAAAAAAUAUGAAGAUAUUAAACAAAGCCUUAAAAAAAAAUUACAGUCUUUUUGUUUUGCUUUAAUUUUAAAUGGCCAAUAGUUUAUUUGAGAGUAACACUGACAAUUGUCUCUUAAGCGGCAGUGUGUCUUCAAGUUUGUCAAGUUCAGAUCCAAGAUGUUCAAUUUCAUUGUCCAUAAAUAUUUCCAAUGAAGAAUCCACUGUCUGGCAAAGCUUUUGAAUAUCCAAAAUAUGUUUUCGCAUCUGGUCGCAAUCUGGCCUUAGAAGUACGUCCAAGUACACAUUUGACGAAUCAAAGUACGUCUAAGGGUUAUGCAAGCCUUUUUUGAAUGUUGAAGAAACCAACAAUCUGUGCUCUUUAGUCAGACGCUUCAGAGCGGCAACAAAUUCAUGUCAACAUUGCUUCAUGAUUCGUCUUUGAUCAUUAGAAGUAAUGAAAAAAACUAAAUGGAAGACCAUCUAAAGCCGUCAUACGAGAAACUGUUUCUGCUAAGCUGGUUGAACUUGAAAAAAUAGUCUACUGAUAAUUGCCUUUUUUUUCCUUGGUGUUUCAUCCUCUGUGUUGGCUAAAAAUUUAGAACAAGAUGCCGUAGAGUUCCACGCUUUUGGAGUACCGGUGCCAGAAACGGUGAUAUCUUUCAAGACAGUGGAAUGUGCAGACUAAAUGAGUGUGAAAGACUGAAGUUGUACCUCUCAAUGCUUUAAGUAUCUUGUUACAUCUAAUGCAUUUAGCUAGGAGAUUGUCCGUAGCUUUCAAGAAAUAUUGCCAAACUGAUGUCUUUGUUUCCGAUAAUUUCAAAUGCUUUUCAAAAUUAGGUUUAUUUUUUUCAGAGUUCCCCAUUUCUUUCUAUCAACUUGAAGGGAAAAUAAAUCAUUAACAAAAAAAUUAUUAAUGUAAUCGCACCAGUUUAAAGUGGAAAACUUUUUUUUUAAUGUUUAAAUGUUCAUGUAAAUAUUUGACUAAGAACGGUACAGAGAAGCUGGGACAUUCAGCCUGAGAUAAAAUACCUCGAAAAUCAAUUAUGAGGUGAUUGUGAAUUAUUAAUAUUUUAUCACAAAAUAGAAGUAACAUUAUUUUUCUGUGUCUCAAACUUAGGGUAAUUGAUUAUCAAAUUACGGAUUCACUCAUGUUUUUAAAUAUGCCUUUAGGCAUAUUUAGAAGAAAUUAAGCAAUCAAACAUUUAUGUUAUUAAAAGUUGACAACGUGAUUCGAGUGCAACGUGUUAUUAUUUCCAUAUAAUUCAUGUACCAAACAAACUCUUAAUGGAAGUCUAAUUCAUCUUCAUUCGACUAUACCAAUCACUUACCGUCAAGACUAUGAAAACAUUUACUGACCAAUUCUGCACCGCCUCACUCGUCUCCACUUACAAACUACACACAGGGGCGUAGUGAGGGGGUGUGGGGGUGCGGUCCGCACCGGGUGACACCAUUUUAAGGGUGACACCCGAUUGAAAAUUUGCAUAUUUACAGAGCACACAGUGCUCGGUCUAACAGAAGUUCAUAAAAGGAUAACCGACCACGCAUACAUGUUUCACAAAUGUAACCAAUCCAAAUGCUUGCUUUAUUAAAAGUUCAAGGUUGAUGCGUCAGAAAUGAGAUGACCCUAUGUUUAGGUCAGGAAAAUACAGUCAUUAUUCCAUGCCGGUUGAAAUGUUCGGUAACUUCCGUAAGUGACAGGAGGCUAUAUUUAUCUAAAUUCUGAGAAAUAGGGCUUUCCAUUGAUACCAAAUAAGUGUCGGACAGUUUUAAGUAAAAAAAAUCGGUGAAAAUUAAAAACAUUAAAAAUGAAUUAUUAUGAAUUGUAACCCAUUUAUAGGGUUAAAAAUAUAUUAUUAUACACAAUUUUCAAUCAUUUAAUAAUUAAUUCAUUUUAUUUAAAUUUAAAUAAAGAAAUCUUUUUUGAAGACAUAUAAAUAUUAUAUAUCUCCAGAAAUACUCAAAAAUUAAUAUUUUCCCCGAUUCGUCACUAGUAUAGGGCGACCAAACAUCCCGCAAAAAACGGGAUUGUCCGUUUUUUCACUAUCGCACAAGGUGUCCCAAAAAUGUCUCUCGGGACGCCUAAAUGUACCGUUUCUAAAACCAAAAACAUUUUCACAUAUUAGAUAAGAAGGAGGUUUUAACAAUGGCUGGGACAACAGCCAAAUAUCCUCAAUUUAAAUUCUAGAAAAUAUAAUUUUUGUGGUGCAUGCCCCCCCCCCCUCUGGAUUGAUUGGAUAAAAAUUUUGUAGACAAAAAUAGACAAAAAAAUUAUUAAAGUAAAGAGAAAAUAAAGAGAAAGUAACUAAGCUGAUGUCCUGUCCGUUCGUUCACCAUACAAAUACGCUACAGUAAAUUAUUUGAUGUAAUUUUGUAAUGAAAAAAAUUUUUGCCCCCCCCUUCCCUAGUAAGUUAAUCGAUUUUUUUUGCCCCCCCCCCCGCCCUAGAAAGUUUUCUGCGGGUGCCCAUGUUGUGGUGUAUUAUGUUGUAAAAUAUGUAUAAUAAAUAAGUAUUCACUGCAAAAUUAUUGUUUUCGUUUAUGAUAUGCUUCAGGUUUGAAAUUAAAUUCAAAAGUGAAGGUAAAUUUAAAAAGAUUUCUAGUUAUCAAAAUAUUUAAAAAGAGCAUAUUUCAAUAAACUUUUUCCGCCAGAGGCCCCCUGGGCCUCUCUUCAACUGGAGGAUCCCCCCCCCUCCCAACCCUCCUUGGGUGUGUCCCGUUUUUUCCAGUUCAUGAUUUGGUCACCCUACACUAGUAUCGCCCCUAAACAUUUGAGCAUGACGGUCAUAUUUCGACUGAUGGGUUUUACCUUCUACCUUUCUGUGUUGCAUUUUGGAAAGUGCCCUGACUGUUGUUUUUGAACUAUCGUCAGUAAUUAUUUGUUAGUUGUCUUAAACAUGACAAAAUUAAAGCAUUUUUUAUUGUUCAAGAUCAUUAUAUCAUGCCACAUGGCGUGCACAAUUCUAAAUGGCCAAGUGGCUGUCAGUAGUGAAAAGCAAAAAAAAAAAAAGAAGAAAAUACGUAACUCACUAAAUUCACUACCAGAAUACGUGCUUCUAUAUGUCAAGAAAACAAAUGAUGACCAGGUUCAGGGAGGGUUUAUUAAAAGACUUUCCUCAGCCUACCAUUGAUACUGAGUCUCCCGAUACCAGCAGCGUGUAUUCUUUUCAGCAAAUAGUGGAGGAAAUGGAACAGAUUGAUGUGAAAAUACAAGUAAAAGACAUGGAUGGUUUGGAAACAGAAAUUUUUGCUGAUAAUGUUGAUUCAAACAAAGAUACAGUAAAUGUAAUGGGUAAUGACAAAAACUGGCACAUUUUAUCAGAAGCUUCUCUCUGGAAUGUACCAGUCCCAAAUUAUUUUCGGUAUUAAAUUAUUAAAAUAUGAAGUAGGACUACCUCGUUUCAGACCAUUCAACGUAGUAACAAGGCAAAAUGCGAAAUCUAAAUGAGUUGUUCGCCAACUAAAACAACAAUAGAUCUACGGAAUGAUGCAAAAUGGAGAGAAAAUACUGCGGUAUUGGAUGGUUUAUUCACUCGUCAGUCAAAAAUUGUAUUGUUUUCGCUGCAGAUUAUUUGCUGUUAAUGUUACAGAAACGACACCCAAAUGUGUUACAGGCUUUGAUAAGUGGUGGAAACUGAGCCGUGAAUUACAAAAUCAUGAGGAAUCGGAAGAUUACCUAUGUUGCCUUGAAAAGUGGAACUCAUUGGCAGCAGGACUUGGGAUAAACACAAAAAAUGAUGCCGAAAGUAUUGCUGUGAUGGACAGGGAGAAGAAAAAGUGGAAGAAUAUCCUGCACAGAUUGCUGGAUAUCACAUUGUUUCUUGCAAAGCAAAAUCUGCCAUUUCGAGGCCACAUUGAAGAUGAAUCUUCACUGAAAUUUUCUUGAAAUGGUUGAGAUGCUAUGUAAAUAUUAACCAGUGCUAAAAGAGCUCCAAAUGAGACUAAAUUGGAGCACAUCUACAGUAAAAGCAUCUUUACCUUUCACCAGAAACCCAAAAUAAAUUUAUAAAAAUGUCCUUGCAAAUCUUAUGAAGGAGAUUCUUAUCAUGGAUAUAAAGUCUGCGAGGUAUUUUGGAAUUAUGUUCGAAAGUACACCUGAUAUAUCAAACAGUGAUCAGAUGUCUGAAGUGAUCAGGUAUGUGAAAAUCCACAUUGGGAACGUUGAAGAGAGAGAGAAGUAUUUCUUGCAUUUUUCCCGUUAAGAUGGAAAAAAAAGCUGAUGACCUCAGUUCUGACAUUCUUACAAACUAAAACUUGAUGGACUAGACUUAAUGAUGUUCACAGCUCAGGGUUACGAUAAUGCUGCCAUAAUGUCUGGAAUCCAUGGAGGUGUUCAGACCAUUCUGAAAAGAAAUAAUAAGAAAGCAAUUUUUAAUGGAUGUAUGUUAACUUGUGUGGUCAACACUCUUUUGCAGAAACUGCUUCAUGUAUUACAUUAUUCGGUACUCUUGAAAGAAUAUUUUCCUCCUUUGCUUCAUCCAAUCAUCGAUGGAAUGUUCAAAUUGAACACAUUGGAAUGUCGUUGAAUAGAUUCGUCACUAGUACCACCCUUAACGCUUGUAUGUUUGGGGCUGUUCAACCCAAGAGUCCAGUAUCGGCAAUUGAAUAAGGGUUAUUGGCGUCCGUUCCAAAAUUGAGCCCCUUCUAUGAUGACUUAUUAGAAGAUGAACUUUUGAAAGAAAUACCAAGGCUUAGAAGACAUCUAAGGGCAGCUGAUAUUGAAUUUCACAAAGUCAUGGACUGGUUGGUAUGUAUGUUUUAAAAUUCAAAACUGAAUAGUACUUCUUAGACUCUCUUCCAAUACUCUCGAUAAGCCUUCAAUUAUUUCUUACGAUUUGCGUGUCUGUGGCCUAAAGUGAGCGGAGCUUUUCAAAACUAAGGUUUAACAAGAACUAUUUACGAUCCACCAUGAGACAUUCUAGGCUUUCUGACCUGGCUCUGCUAUAAAUUAGAAGUGAUACAGUGAAGGACAUUGAUUCUGAUCAAGUGAUUGACAGGUUUGCAGGUUUGAAGACAAGGAAAGGAACAUUUUAAAUAAAGUAAAUUUAAUAUGAAAACAACCGUAACUUAACGUUGCUACAGUUUUUAAAUACUUUGACCUAGUGGACUUCGAUAUGUGCUUUUGUACUUGUCAUUGUUAUACUGUGGACUUAUUUUAACAAGAAGACAUCCAUCAUGGAAAUUGUUGGUUUUUUUUGGGGGGGGGGGGGGUUGGGUUGGGGAUGACACCAUGAGUUUGACGCACCGGGUGACAUCGUGAGUCUUCCGCACCCUAGCUACGCCACUGAAUAUUAUAUAUGUCUUUAAAAAAACGUUUCUUUAUUUAAAUUUAAAUAAAUAAGAAAAGAAUCAUUAAAAGAUUGAAAAUUGUGUCAAGUAAUAUAUUUUUUAGCCCUAUGAAUGGGUAAAAAUUCAUUUUUAAUUUUUUUUUUUUUUUAAAAACAAUUCUUAUACGUAGAAUCGCCCGACCACAUCGUAUUUGGUUUCAAUGGAAAGCGUUAUUUCUCUGAAUUUAGAUAAAUAUAGCCUCCUGUCACUUACGAAGUUACCGAACACUUCACUCUGGUGGAAUAAUGACGGUGUUUUCCUCACCUAAACAUAGGGUCAUCUUAUUUCUGGCUCAUCAACCUUGAACUUUGAAUAAAGCACGCAUUUGGAUUGGUUACAUUUGUCAAAAAUGUAUGUGUGAUUGGUUAUCUUUUUAUGAAUCUCUGUUAGACCGAGCAGUGUGUGCCCUGUAAAUAUGCAAUUUUUCAAUCGGGUGUCACCCUUAAAAUGGUGUCACCCGGUGCGGUACGCACCCUCCGCACCCCCAUCGCUACCUAUUGUUGUACGACGGGUUUUAAUUGUAAUUAUUAUAUCAUAUUUUUAUGAGCGGUUCUCUAUUUUCUAAUGAGUGGUUCUCAAUUUUCUAUUGAGUUGUUCUCAAUUUUCUAUUGAGUGGUUGUCAAUUUUUUUAUAAUUAGUAUUCUCAUUGUAUUUUAAUUAGUUUUUCUAAGAGUAUUUUUAAAGAGAUUCUCAAGGAGUGGGGGUCAUUUUUGUCUUUUAUUUUGUCAAUUUUUCUAAAGAGAGGUUAUCAAAGUGUUUGGAUUGUAUUUUUAUUUUUCUUAUAUUUUAAUUAGUUUGGUGUAUAUUUUAAGUGGUUUUCAAAGUAUGUGGGGGUCUUUAUGGUUGCAUUUUAAUAGUUUUUUUUAAAAUUAGUAUUAUUAUUGCAUUUUAAUUAGUUUUCUUGUAUAUUUUAAGGGGUUCUCAAAGUAUGUUGGGAUCGAUUUUCUAACGAACAUUUCUAAUUGUGCGCGAGGUAUAAGGGUGUUUUCUUCUUCUUAUGGAUACUUCUUUUGUAACAUGAUACGGCUAUUUAAUUUUUUCGAAUCGUAAUCAAAUAUUUCUCAUUUUGAGUGGUUCUCAUACUUGGAUCAGGGAGCAUAAUGGAGUGGGUUUUUUUUAAAUACCGGUUUUGUAACAAGAUAAUAUUAUUUAAUUUGAUUGAGGGGUAUUUAUUUAUUUAUUUGUUAAUUGAUGGUCUAAUUUGUAUACAACAAAAUAUAUACAACAAAGAGGUAGCGUAUAGUUUCAAUAUUCAAUUGUUUUAAAUUUAAUUUUUUAUUUUUUUUAUUAACAUUAUUUUUACAAGACAAACAUAGUUAUUUUAAGAGUAAAUGAGGACCACUGUGUUUUGAGACACAGGUUCACAAACUUUCGUUUGUCCAGUGGCUUGUAUUUUGUCCAGGGUUCUCUUUGUAUACACAUGUCUUUCCAGACAAUCCUUUCAAGGUAUUUUUACUGUGUUCGUCAGGCUAAUAAAAUUUUUAACUACCAUUACGAAGUUGAAUUUAUUACCUUUUGUUUAGGAGAAGACACCUCGGAUGAUCACGACUUAAACAAAUCUGAAAUUGAUAGGUAGGCUGCAUCCAACACAAUUACGCUAAUAUACAUAGGUCCCACCUUGUUCGUCACAAUUGAAGUCAGUCAUCAACGUUCUCCUAAAUAAAUUAUAACAUAUUGGCGGCGUACCUUUUAAUAUUCUGGGCCGCCUUAUUACUAACACCUCAUCGGGAAAGUCUACUUUUUUGUCAUGAUACCUAUGACCAGGACCGGAUUUAGCCAUCUUGGUGCCCUAGGCACAAACCCACAUGGGUGCCCCCUCUGCCCCGGGCCCCCGAUUCUCCACUGACUGCUGUCAUGUUCAAUAUUAUGCCCAAAAAAACAUACAAAGAAAAACAGAUGUAAAAUGUAAACACAUAUGUUUGUACUACUAGCAAUCAUAUGAAACCUACAAUGAGGUAUUUAUGUAUUAAAAUUAAUAAUUAAUUUAUUUUGUAAUAAUAGUAUACACAAAACUGUAACUUUUUUGAUAGAUAAGAAAGUCAGAGAGAGUACACAUUUACAUUUUAAAGUUAUUUUUUUUCUAGAUUUACGUCCGGCAAAGUUUUUGAGUACAUCAUCAAAUUUAAUUUUGCGCAACAAGUCUGCCUCAAUCAUCAGCAAAGAUAAGGAAUAAAGCUUUUCUUGUUUCAUUGUCGAUCUUCUUGGAUUUUUUUGUACGUUUCGAGUGAGAAAAAGAGCGCUCAAUUGAACAGUUCGUAACCAUUAAUGUUAAAAAUAUGCGCAAGGCGAUUUCUACAUUUGGAAAAGUACACUCGAUGUUGUCUCUAACUAUUACUUUGUAGAGUUCUGCAAGACUGAACGUGUUGUUCUCAGAUUUUGAUGCACGAAACUUGUGGCGAAUAUAUGAGUGGAACAGUUGUAGUUCAGUAUAUGAAUUAUUGUUCAGAUCUUCAGGAUAAGCAUUUAUUAACACUUUGAGAACCACUCUUUAGAAAAAUUAAUUGACAGACGCUCAAUAGAAAAUUGAGAACCACUUAAUAGAAAAUUAAAUAAUUCAAGCCACUAAUAAGAAAAUCGACCCGACUUUGUGAGAACUACUCAAAAUAUACAAGAAAACUAAUUAAAAUAUAAGAAAAAAUAAAAGACAAAAAUGACCCCCACCCUUGACAAUCACUUGAAAAAUACAAGAAAAACUAAUUAAAAUACAACGAGAACAUUAAUUAUAAAAAAUUGACAACCACUCAAUAGAAAAUUGAGAACCACUCAUUAUAAAAUUAUAUAAUAAUUACAAUUAAAACCCGUCGUACAACAACACGUGAAAAUGUAAAUUAAUCGAUACAAUACCUCUUUUGUUAUCAAUGUUAUCUUUGAUGUUGUCUUUAAAAUCAAUUAAAAUCAAAUUACACAAUAAGCAUGCACAACAACAAUGGAAACAAUAUACAUGCACAAGAAUUCGAAUUAAUAAAUCAAAGGGAAGUAAAUUAUAUAACAAAAAUAAAAAGAAUACUAAUUAUCGGGUUAUAACCCCUUAUUUCUUAUAAACCUUUUGCGCCUGAACGCCUUGCGAAAUUGCAGCCUGAUUCCUACAUAUAAUACUACUCCCUAAAAUCCCAAAAUUCGCUCCCAUAACUCUCAAAAUUUCCCUUGCAUUACUCCCAACGUUUCCCUCCCAUCAAUCCCAACAUUUCCUCCCAUAGCUCCCAACAUUUCCCUCCCAUAACUCCCAACAUUUCCCUUCCAUAGCUCCCAACAUUUCCCUCCCAUAACUCCCAACAUUUCCCUCACAUAACUCCCAACUUUGCCUUCCAUAACUCACAACAUUACCCUCCCAUUACUCCCAACUUUCACUCCUAUAACUCCCAAUAUUUCCCUCCAAUAACUCUUAAUAUUUCCCUCCCAUAAAUCCAAACAUUUCCCUCCCAUAGCUCCCAAUAUUUCCCUCCCAUAACUAUCAAUAUUUCCCUCCUACAACUCCCAAAUGUUCCUCCCAUAACCUCCAAUAUUUCUCUCCCAAAACUCCCAAUAUUUCCUUCCCAUAACUCCAAAUAUCUCCCUCCCAUUACUCCCAAUAUUUCCCUACCAUAACUCCCAAAAUUUUCCUCCCAUAACUACCAACAUUUCCCUCCAAUAUUACUUAACAUUUCCCCCUACGACUACCAACAUUUACCCCCCUUAAUCCCCACAUUUUCCUCCCAUUACUCCCAAAUUUCCCUCCCAUAACUCCCAACAUUUCCCUCCCAUAACUCCCAACUUUUCCCUCCCAUAACUCCCAAUAUUUCCCUCCUAUAACUCCCAAUAUUUCCAUCCGUUAACUCCCAAUAUUUCCUUCCAAACUUCCAAAUUUCUCCUCCCAUUACUCCCAACAUUUCCCUCCCAAAACUAACAAGAUUUAUCUCCUACAACUCUUAACAUUUCCCUCCCCUAACUCCAAACAUUUCCCUCCAAUAACUCUCAAAAUUUCCCUCACAUAACUCCCAACAUUUCCCUCCCCUAACUCCCAAUAUUUCCCUCACAUCACUCCCAAUAUUUCCUCCCAUAACUCCUAAUAUUUCCCUCCAAACUCCAACAUUUUCCUCCCAUUAAUCCCAAAAUUUCCCUCCAGUAACUCCCAAGAUGUAUCUCCUACAACUCCCAACAUUUCCCUCCCAUAACUCCCAAAAUUUCCCUCCAAUAGGUCCCAACAUUUCCCUCCCAUAACUCCCAACAUUUCACUCCCAUAACUCCCAACAUUUCACUCAAAUCACUCCCAACAUUUCCCUCCCAUAACUCCCAAGAUUUAUCUCCCAUAAUUCUCCAUUAUCCCCUCCCAUAAUUCCAAACAUUUCCCUCCCAUAACUCCCAACAUUUCUCUCCCAUGACUCCCAAUAUUUCCCUACCAUAUCUCCCAACAUUUCCCUCCUAUAGCUCCCAACAUUUCUCUCCCAUAACUCCCAACAUUUCCCUCCCAUAACUCCCAACAUUUCCCUCCCAUUACUCCCAAUAUUUCCCACCCAUAACUCCCAACAUUUUCUUCCUAUAACUCCGGACAUUUCCCUCCCAUAAAUCCCAACAUUUCCCUCCCAUAACUCCCAACAUUUCCCUCUCAUAACUCCCAACAUUUCCCUCCCAUAACUCCCAACAUUUCCCUCCCUUAACUCCCAACAUUUCCCUCCCGUAAUUCCCAAUAUUUCACUCCCAUAACUCCCAAUAUUUCCCUCCCAUAACUCCCAAUAUUUCCCUCCCAAAAUUCCCAUAUUUCCCUCCCAUAACUCCAAAUAUCUCCUUCCCAUUACUCCCAACAUUUCCCUCCAAUAAUACCCAAAAUUUACCUCCUAUGACUCCCAAUAUUUUCCUCCCUUAAUUCCCAACAUUUCCCUCCCAUCAAUCCCAACAUUUCCCUCCCCAUUUCCAACCUACGACUCCCAACAUUUCCCUUCCUUAAUUUCCAACAUUUCCCUCCCAAAAUCCCCCAAAUUCCCCCCCCCCUAACCGGCCAUAACUCACAACAUUUCCCUUUAUUAACUCCCAUCGUUUCCAUAAAAUGUGUCCGUUCAAUCGAUUACCCGGAUACCAGGUUCUGUGGGUCAACGGGGCAGGUGUUUCUAACAUUUUUUACAGCCCAAAAUAUAUAACUAAGCAAAUAUCUAACUUACGUACAAGUCAACUCUCUUUCGUUUAGUAUACACCUAACCACACUGGCAUAGCCAUUUCCUCAUUUACCUACAACCAACCCCUGAUAACAAAAAUCUAGCUAAUUCUCCCUUGCCUAUAGCAUCCCCACCCUUCAAACCCCACAAAACAGGACUAGCCAUGUCUCCCUUACCUGAAGUCACGAAUACCCUAACAUCGACCGAUGUCUAUAUUCUUCACAUUCAAAGAUUGAUAUAUUUUAAAUACGUUUUAUUUUUCUAACUACAUAGAGCAGUUUUCUGAGGAUCAAGAGCUUGAGCUCAGCCUUGGGGCCACGAGGAACAACGUCGAAGCUAAGAGAUCGGAUUUCCUGCAGGCCCAGACGUUGCCAUCUGACGCCAUGAAGCAAGACAGCAUUCGCAAUGAUGGGUUUGACUCCUCUGAUAACGACUUAAAAGAGCCAGUCAGUAUCGAGGUUAGAAAUGCCAAGAGCAGUAUUGUUGAUGAAACGAAGUGAGGAAGGAUGUUGGAGGGGAUGAUCAGCCCCAACCAGAAAUUUCAAAAAAUAUAUAUUACAUUUGUUUGGAAGGGGGUAGAAGGGGUUUUCAUUUUGAAUCUUGCUGAAUUGAGCAGUUGCUUCUUGGGGAUUGCAGAAGGGUAAAAGACGUCUUUGGUGUCAGGGCCGUACGUGAGUUUAAAACACGUGUAAUUUAACAACUUAUAAAAGCUAAUGCUUUAUUUUAAUUUUGUAUUAUGUUAUUCUUGUUUUUUUUAUAUUAAUGUUGUAAUGCCCCACCCGUUUUAACACCGCAUAUAUAUUUCACAAACUAUUUCAGGAAAAACAAAAACACUUACAGUAUUUUUUAAGAAUCUCAUUUAGCGCAGUUAUCGGGAAUUUUAUUUCGGUGGCAUCACAUUUACUUCAUCUUUCCUUAAAACAGUGCGGUCCCACCUUUUUGAAUAUGUGGGCCAAAAUAUAUUUUUCCUGGAACCCAAGAGCCGCAAAUGAAAUCUCAUGAGAGAAUUAUUCGUUUUAUUAAUACUUAUUACCUUAAGUAUAAAGAGUCGUAUAUCCAAUAGCAUAAAGAGUCAUAUAUCCAAUAGCAAAAAGGGUCUUACAUCCAAAAGUAUAAAGAGUCAUAGUAGCAUAAAGAGUCCUAUACCCAAUAGCAUAAAGAGUCACAUACCCAAUAGCACGAAGAAUCAUAUAUCCAGUACCAUAAAGAGUCAUAUCCAAUAGCUUAAAGAGGCAUAUAUCCAAUAGCUAAAUGAGUCUUGUAUCCAAUAGCAUUUUUGGCUCAUCAAGAAUAUAAAUAUACGGAAUAACAACUGUAGCCAUUUUUAAUGAUAUAUUUUGCUUUGAGCUUUCUUUGAGGUUGUUGUCAGUAGAAACUGCCCUAAAUAGACUUUUUAAUGUUCCCCAGUGAAUGUCAAAGUGUUGCAUUUUUUGGACUUGAUCUUGGUCAUUACAAAGAAUCCAGCUUCACUGAUUUAGGGUGCUUCCAAAAAACAUGGUCACAACGUUGUUACAACAUAUCCAUACUUGUGGGAACUCAUCAGAAGAGGCACAUACCAUCAUUUAUUUUGCCACGUACUCUUAUGUCUGUUUAUAAAAGAAUGCUUUCAAGAUCGCUACUACCGUCUCACACAGUCCUACCGUCUGACGCAAUCCUACUGUCUCACACAAUCUUACUGUCCCACACAAUCCUACCGUCUGACACAAUCCUACUGUCUCACACAAUCUUACUGUCUCACACAAUCCUACCGUCUGACACAAUCCUACUUGUCUCACACAAUCUUACUGUCUCACACAAUUCUACUGUCUCACACAAUCCUACCGUCUCACACAAUCCUACUGUCUUACACAAUCCUACUGUCUAACGCAAUCCUACUGUCUCACACAAUCCUACUGUCUCACACAAUCUUACUGUCUCACACAAUCCUACCGUCUGACACAAUCCUACUUGUCUCACACAAUCUUACUGUCUCACACAAUUCUACUGUCUCACACAAUCCUACCGUCUCACACAAUCCUACUGUCUUACACAAUCCUACUGUCUAACGCAAUCCUAAUGUCUCACACAAUCCUACUGUCUCACACAAUCCUACUGUCUCACACAAUCCUAAUGUCUCUCACAAUCCCAUGUCUCAUACAAUCCUACUGUCUCACACAAUCCGACCGCCUCACACAAUCCUACUGCUUCACACAAUCCUACCGUCUCACACAAUCCUACCGUCUCUCACAAUCCUACCGUCUCACACAAUUCUACUGUCUCACACAAUGACUCCCUGAUUGAAUUGCAUUAACUACAAACAAUCACAGCCUGUAUCCUGCUUUCUACAUACACUCUAAUCUCUGAAUACCAGGUACUUGUCCCCAGCAUCAUAACAAUGCAAGAAAGACACACAUUCUCCCAUACCUGGCUAGACUACCUGUCUAAAUAACAUGCUGCCAUAACUAGCUCACAUUGCCAACCGUAGUAUUUAAUUGUGACACAUUUAGUACCCCAGCUCCCAUCUCGAUUAUUAUGAACCGAUGACUUUCCUGGCAGUACUCACCUCGCUACACUCUCAUAUCUAUUUUUAUCUAACUUUGUCCCGUAGGCGAGGGCAUGGACAUAAUUACAAUGAUCAAAUAGCCACACAUCAAGCUAAUUUUGGUUUCUCUAUUCAUCUUUCUCAGUGACGUUAGUAAUUUUACCAAAUACUCAGCGAUGCCUCCCCUGUACACACAAAAGAAACACGGAGAAGAUAUUAACCAAUUUUAUUUGAUCCAGGUUCCCAAAAAGGUGUGCUUAACCUCAAAGCUUUCCGCCAAACCAUUUGACACCUUAACUUUUGUGACACUUUCUUCACAACUUCUCCUGUGCUCUCAAUCGAUUUCCUAGCAAAACUGACUCAAAGAAUGGAGUUUUAAAAUAUUUUUCCCCUAAAAUAUUUUAUUUUUUACACACAUAAGAAUUUCUUAAGCUGUGGGGUCGGGGGUGGCAUUUAAAAUCAGCUCGCGGGGGCGUUGGUUGGAAAUCGCUGCCUUAGAAAAAAACAGAUUGGGGGAGGGGGGACUGAAAAUUUGAAAGAAUGUGUUAUCAUUGGCAAAGAGUCUAUGUGCUAAGCUUCAGUUCGAUAGGUUGACGGAAAAUGGGUCACUUACCCGCACAGUCAGCCAAAAAGAAACACACGAACAAAAUAAAAAGUUACUAUAAAGGAUUUAAAAAUAAUGCAUCUAUGAUUCUUUGCACAUCACAUGUUAGUCUGUUGUUGGUGCCACUAGUGACUUUCUGUUCAGGUGCUUUCAUCUAUGUAUCCGUUCCUUAAACAGAAACGCCAGGAGCCACGGAGGUACAGAGUCUGCGACGUGUACCAGAGGUUAUUACGGUUGACUCAUGCCAGGGACAGCAACGGAGACCUCGUUGAGCUCGUUCA